GGAAGGCUUCAAAACAAAACAACCACCAACAUCCACGACAAUACGACCACGACCACGACCACGACCACUUCCGUGCUGCGGUUCGGGCUCACGACAAUGCUUUCAUAGGACGAUUCUACCUUUACGAUUCUUCUACUAACCUACAGCUACUAACAAGACACGAAACCCACAGCACGAAAGGAGAUCCUGAUCUCAACAUCUGCCACUAAUACGCCAAUAUUCUCACGAUCAGCAAUGUCCACACCAAAUCGCCCAUCAACGCCAGUCGCGCAAUCCACACCCUCAAGCUCGACACCUGCCACUGGCACAUGGAGACACCCUAAGUUGGACGAGAUCGUGAGACGCCAGAAUGCCUCGAACUUCACUGCAGCCAAUGUCAAGAAGAUCGCAUGGAAUGCUGGAGGGCUAGCAAUAAUCUUCUCGCUGGGUCAAGGACUGAGGUACUUUCUUCCUGGACUAUUCGAUUCGGGCAAGGUCUUCUCUCCACAAGCAAACUGGGUAUACUAUUUUAUUCAGCUUGUGUUUGUAUUUAACAUCACCAUGGCCUGCAUGCCACUUGUACGAACAACGGACGACAUCACGGACAUUGCUCUCACGCCUGCUCAGCGACAGCUUCUGGGUCUCCCACCGAGUUCUGCGCCUCCCACGCCUGGCUCACAAUACGUUACACCACCGAGAUACGCAAGGACUACGCCUGUGGGAGGCUCGCCGGGUGCUAGAGGAAAUUAUUCGGGAUCGCCACUAUCAGCGAAGGGAAGUCCGAAUGCUAGUACAACAGGGUUGCCAUUCUCUCCGAAUUCAAGCCCUUUGUUACAGAAGGCUAUGGGCGGUGGAAUAAAUGGAUCAAGACGGGCGUCAUAUGGUUCUCCAAGUCCCCUUGGUCAAUCAUUGUCAAGGGUUGGAUCUGAGACUCCAGGCUCGCCAAGUCCUGCUUCGAAAACUGGUGGGCUCGGAUUAAACAACAAGUGGCUUUAUGAUAAGGGACGUAGGAAUUCGGGUAGCUCGAAGUUGUAUUCGUAGAGGGAGAGGGAAUAUCGAGUUUUGUAUUAUUGAGCAGAAUACCCCUAUGCCAGGCUUGGCAAGCUGCGUAAUUCGAGAUAAUGAGCUCGCCAAUGAAUAUUUGAGAAC